GCAGCUUCCGGUUAAUAAGUAAACAUUCAAAAGAAAGGGCACCGGUAUCAAACGUUUCUAGUGCGAAUAUAGUUUUGAAUAUUCUUAGAACAGCAACGCAUAAUGUCUCUGACCCUUGAUACAGAUGUUGGUGAAAUCAAGGUUGAGCUAUUCUGCGAACAAGUUCCUAAAUCGUGCCAGAAUUUUUUAGCACUUUGUGCCAGUGGUUAUUAUGAUAAUACAAUAAUUCACAGAAAUAUUAAAGGUUUUAUGGCUCAAAUGGGGGACCCUACAGGAACGGGAAAAGGUGGUGCAUCUAUUUGGGGAGGAAAGUUUGAAGAUGAAUUUCGAGAGAGCCUUAAGCAUUCUACAAGAGGUAUAGUUUCUAUGGCUAACAAUGGACCAGAUACAAAUGGAUCUCAGUUUUUUAUAACUUAUGGUAAACAACCUCAUCUUGAUAUGAAGUAUACAGUGAUAGGAAGGGUAAUUGAUGGCUUCGAAACAUUGGAUACCCUGGAGAAAAUACCAGUGGAAGAAAAAAGUUAUAGACCUCUUAAUGUGGUAUCUUUACAUGGUGUAAAAAUACAUGCCAAUCCAUUAGCAGGAUGAAAUCAGUACAUGAUAAAAAAAAGAAAGAUUAUGGCAGCAGGAUUUGGAUGGAAAUGGUGAAACUAACUUGGGUUGUUUUGCUAUUUUUAGACGCCCACAUUGCUUGUGGACACUCUAGAAGCUAAAGUUAAUAUCAAAUUGACUUUAAAUUUUUACACAGUGUUCAGAGUCAUGGGACGGAUGGGAAUGGUGAAACUAACUUGGGUUGUUUUGCUAUUUUAGACGCCCACAUUGCUUGUGGACGCUCUAGAAGCUAAAGUUAAUAUCCAAUCGACUUUAAAUUUACACACAGUGUUCAGAGUCAUGGGACGAAGAAUCCUUUUGAUUUUGAGUUAUGACCAUUUUUUAAGAUAUCUCCUAAUUGCUUGUUACCAAUGACACUGAGAAAAUCCAACAGACUGAAAAAGAAACACCUAUCCAGGCUGUAUUUAAAGUUGUGUCACAUAUACACUGCUUCAUUCCUAUAAUCUUGAAUAACCAGAUUAUGAUACCUUUAAAAACAAAUAUGAACAAUGUUCUUGGUUGAAUAUCAGAACAUAAUUUGAUGGUGUUCCUUGUUAAAAGAUCUUAUUGGUGCUAGUUGAUUUCUUCAUGACCGAUGUCUUCGAAUGUGUGUCUGCAGACUUACAGCAAGCUAUUCAUUCUUGAAGUAAUUGUUAACUACAUGUAUCGUUAUAAUAACAGUGAUGUUGUCAUACAGUAAUGUCAUCUUUCAUGGAAGAGUUCCCUCCCUUUUGUUCUUUAUUGGAGUACUCAGGAGUUAUCUCCCAUAUGUAGAAGUGGAAUAAAGCAUGGCCUAUCUCGCAUGUGGUUUUUAUAUUCAAUACAUUUUAAUCCAUGUCAUCCAUAGUGAACCAGAGAACUACCCCCACUGAGCAAUGUGAAUGGAGGUCAAAGAUAAAAAAUGAUUUUGAGUGGCCAGGCAUUUAAUAUUUUUUUCGACCACAAACAAUAAAAAAGGAAAAGAAUCAACGUUUUUCAAUAAAAUAUUUUUUAAUUC